AGCAUGUUUGGGUAUUUGAUGUUCUUUCCACCCCACAUGCAUUUGCUGACCCUUGAUUUGUAAUGAUUUUCUUUUUGUAUGCCUGACUGGGAUUCCCGCACCAGUAAAGGUUUUAAAAUGUCCAGACAAAAGAUAUUUACAACAAAGAGUGUCUACCCAGCACUGUUAUUUCUCUUUGCAUGGUUAAUAGUCUUGUUGUUUCUCUGAGCCAGUUAUAAGAUGUUGACUAAGAGGACAUCGCCGCAGUAGGCGGUAACAUACGUGUUACCUUGGACGCCGCUUGGUUCCCCCUAUUCAUGUGCGGAAUCUCAUUGUUUGUGGGGACAUCAUUCAGAGUGAUGUUUUAAUGCCAGAGAGAGACUCACACUUCAUUUGUGUUUCAAGGGCCAGAGCAAGAGGGGUGUACUACAUGUUUAGGUGACAGCAAGCUGUGGUGAACAUUUCUAAACCACCAUAUUUUGGAGUAAGGCCCCAAAGCCAUUAUAGCCCCCAAAUAGCUGUGAUUAAGCGAAAGAGGGCAAGUUUACGGAAAAUGGCAGCUGCCAGUUUUGUUUUUGGCUGGUUACUGUUCUCCGUGAGGAUGGUCACCUAUGCAGUCCACCUGGAGCCGGUGAAGGAGGGGCUCAAUGAAACAGUCAUUUGCACCAAUGACCAUAUGGAAGUUGUUAUUCCCAGUGCAUUUUUCCUCAACAAAGUCCCUCCAAUUUAUGUUUGGGACUUGCAUUUAAAUGAUCCAGACUGCCGUGGUGUUGAGGUCGGAGAAGACUAUGUUUUCAGCAUAAAGACAAAUCUGUCAGACUGUGGAACUUUAAUGGUCUCAGAUGAUGAACACAUCAUGUUCAUAAACACCAUACACAAUAAUGAUUCAGAUAUCAUAACGAGGAAUUACAUUAACAUAACGUUUGUGUGCCGCUACCCCGUCAACUACAUGGUUCAACAGCCCAGCAGUGACAAUGUGAUCAGAGUGGAUGUCAGAACAAUCACUCUGAACACAGAGGACGGGAACUUCUCAGUGUCAUUGUUACUAUACAAAGAUGAAGCCUUUGAAGACAAGUGGAGGACUGUACCAUCGCUGACCCUGGACGAUGACAUCUUUGCCAAAGUAUUCAUGGUACCUGCUCAUCUGACACUGCGUAUGGAGAGAUGCUGGGCUACACCAACCAGAAAUCCUUACAGUAACAUUCAGUACACCUUCAUUAGAGACAGCUGUCCACUGUUGUCAGAUGAACAAACACUGAGUGUCAUGAAGAAUGGCCAAGGUCCUGAAGCCAUGUUCAGGAUACAAAUGUUCAAGUUUGUGGGCAGCUCCUACACUAAUGUUUUCCUUCACUGCAACAUCCAGAUCUGUCUUAGCGCACCGGGCCUCUGCCAUCCUAACUGUUCCGGUGAAGAUGGAUUAAUGAGGAUGCGGAGAGCCAUCCCUCUGUCCCAUACUGUGUCUUAUGGACCAAUCAGAAGACUACCAGAUACUAGUGACCAGCCCACGCCGAAUGCAGUUGGAAUCCUUCCUGAGGAAACAGUCAUCCUUGGAGGGCUGCUGGUCAUUUUGAUGCUGAUCACAGGGGUUUUUGGGAGGCUAUGGCUGCGCUCCAGACGUUUUUACCCAGCACAGGAAGCGCAGCUUACACUGUCCAACAUUCACCAUAUCUCGGAGGUGGCCCUGUGAUUCGGUGAAGCUUGAAGUAGAUAAAUGGACCUGCCGUGCAU